AUGAAUUCGUCGUUGAGAGAAAGAAGGCAGAGAUCAGAAUCGGAAUGGUCUACUCUCGGAACCGAUUUAUUGGAGGAAAUCUUGAAGCGCUUCCUCAACAGCAGUCGCACUGACACCCUCCGUUUACGCGCGGUUUGCAAAGGUUGGCGUUCCUCAAUCCCUUUCCCACCCAUUCCCAACGACCUCUUCAGCAAUGUUAGGUUGCCUCUCAAACUUCCAUUCCCAACAACCACAAACUUUGAAGGUAAAGGCCAUUUUUCAGUCAAACAGAGCACCAUCUAUUCUAUGGAACCAGUCAAGGUUCGCGGUCGAAAGCCAAAGUUUACUAGGGAAUGCUUUGUCAAGAUUGAAGAAACCGACUCUGGGAAGGUGCUUCUCAAAGACCCGUUCUCAAGAUUGACCAUUGAGAAUUUGGGAAAGUUAACUGGUAGUCUACCCAAGGUCAUCAACCUAUUGGAUUAUAGAGUCAAACUGUUUGCCACAGAGUAUCGUCUUGAAUCUGUACAAGGCACAAACCCACCUAAAGAAGUUAUGGGGUUAAAGAAAGUUGUUGUGGGUCAGGAUAAGAAAGAUGGUGAAGAAUUGUUUGCGGUCAUGGUUCUCCAUAUCAGUGGAAAAUUGGGAGUAUGGAAGAUGGGGCAAAAUAGAUGGGUAGAAAUUGAUGAUGGGUUUUGUUACCUGGAUAUUACUUCUCACAAAGGGAUGUUUUAUGCUGUGGAUAGUACAAGACGAAUUGUAUCUGUUGAUUCUUCAUCCUUGGAUAUUACUCUGGUUGUUCCUCCUACUACCACUUUUCGUUCUUAA